UCAUACAACUCUGUUCAAGUUCAACUCACUAUUUAGAAUAAAGAGGCCAAAGCCGUGUAGUAAUAAGAAAUGCGACAAUUAGAUUUAGGAAACGUCAGUCCACGAGUAUCAAGGAUAAUAGUUUAUAAAAGGCUUUUAAGUGUAUAAACAUCCCCUAACGCUAAUGGCUACAUCCCUAUCUAAUGAAGCGUGUAAAUGUUGUCAAGGACACAAGCAUGUCGUCUUUGUUCCUAAGUUGAUUUGUAAAAAAAAAAGUGGGCGUUCCUGUCAUGUGCACCAUUAAAAAAGAAGCAAACAUAUCAGCACUCACUCCAAAAAACUUCAUCUUAACACUUCACUCCGAUGCAAAAGAGAACAUCAUUAGUGAUAACUGCUGCUUGCGAUUUUUUUUUUCAUCUAUCAGAAGCACCGAUUCGGACUACCUUAAACUACCCCAUGGGGUUUAGAGGGCAUAAGGCUGAUAAGUUGUUUAUUUUACAAGAUACAUAAAUGAUGUCAUGUAUCAAGUCUUCAAGGUGUAUCAUAACAUUAGGUCAUAAUUUCUUUGUGAUAUCAGGGAUGUCUAAAGGGAAGAAGAGAAGAUGAUUUUUACUAAGAUUUUUCUCAUUGUUUCUCUCCUCUUAAUACUCUUUAAAACGGAGACUUGCGAAGGCGUCCACCGCGAGAGAAAGAAGGAAGACGCUCAUAAUGAAAUAACCGCUCUGAGAGGCAGAAUAAGAAACCAUAAUCUGAACCUCGAUAACCCAAGAAUGGUAAAGGGAGGGAAAAGAAGAGUCUCAUGUUUUUUCUCUCCUCAAAAGCUCAAAGCUCGACGAUCUCGUCAUAUAUCAAAGCGUUGCUUUGAUGUCAACCCAUACGGUUUUUCUCCACCCGCGGUAUCCUACCCAUGUGGAGGCAUGAGUUGGCCUACGGUUCCUGAUCCGUGGUGGCCAGAAUACGGCUGGAUGGACGGAUGUGGCUAUCCCCUGCCAGGAGGUGGACCGUGGAGUCAACCGUAUCCAUGGUUCCCUCCUGGAUGUGGUUGUUGCUGUCCAACGGAAGAAAGUGGCAAAGAAGAAGGUAAGCCGACCGAACCACCCACCGGCGGGAAUCAGCCUACAAAGGAAACAAAACAGGCUAAGACACACCCAACCAGCCCUAGCGGAGGCAGUUCUGGCUCCGCAAGCCCUACGAGUAGCCAACCUACCACUGGCACGCAAGGUACCUUGGGGACCCUAUCAACUGGUAGUACAGCCCGUGACUCCUCAAGAAACCUCAGACUGCAUUCACCAACCGCCUCGGUGCUAAGAAGCCGUUUGAAGUCUCUUAAAGACAGAGCGAGGCUUAUGAAACAGCAUGUGCUGAGAAAAAAUUUUCCUGGACGCUCUUUGAAAGUUAUCGUGGAGAACCUCUGAGACUGAG